UGGAUGCCGAUCAAAGCGUAAUUAUUCUGUUUUUUUCUGCAUAAUAAUUAAUCAAAUUCUCGUGUGCAGCUGCAACGAGUAAGAGGAAAGAAUGCAGAAUGUAAUAAGUUACUAAGUUAAUAUCCGUUGAGAUUGAAUAAAUUAUAUCAGAUACAUUUUAUUGCGUUGAGUUGACGUUUGCUCCGUUGGUAGACAUAAAGUGCACUCAUCUUUACCGUUUUUUUAGGACUACAUCAAGUGUGUUUUGUGCAAUUUCAUCUCAAGUGCGUAAUGUUCGUGACUUUUAUCACCAUUUGAUAGUGGGGGGUUAGUUGAUUAGGCGAUUGUUUUAUGUUCAUUAUAACGUACGUCAAUGUCGUCAAAGAGGCGGCGGUUUUAUGAAUGUCGUCACUCAAUAGUAUCGUUUAUAGUAGAGAGAAAGGGAGAGAGUGACGCGUGAGUGUACCGGAGACACUACGAUAAUAUUCAUAAACCGCGACGACUCAAAAUUUGUCCUCGGCUGUUUCUAGUUUUAUGCGUCAGUCGAUGAAAUCGCGUCAACCAACGUCCAGUGAUACCACUCAUUGACUGUUGUUUUGAGAGUUUUUAACCUGUAAAUAAAGCUGCAACUGUUAUCUCAACGUGUUUCAUCUCAUGUGAAAGGCGGACAAGAGGUGAGAACAGUAAAAUAAAUUAAACAAGUAGCUGAAGAAACAUGUGAUGCGACUUUUACGGAGCAGUAUUACAUGGUUGAGAUGCAUUACACGUCGAUAUCCCGCAAUUUGUCUAGUGAAUCUUUUUCUUCCUACCGCUCACCAAAGGAUAUAUCUUUUGCCAAUGAUACUAACUCCUCCAGUGGUCCCUUGUUGCCUGGUGAUAUGAGUCAAGCCGAUAAAAAUUACAAGGAGCGUAAGGAACAUAAAGACAAAUGUAGAACCUACAGGAAGUAUUCAGAAUUGACACCACCAACUCUACAUUCCUGCUAUGAUAAUUAUGGAAAUUCUUUGGCAAGCAAAUCAAACUCCUUGCCUGGAAGAUGUAAUACAAAUUUAAAUGGCUCAGAGCCACUUGUGGCUACAGGAAUUCCUGCAGAAGAUCUUGCCACACAAUUGACAUUGUUAGAUUUAAGUGUCUUCAAGGCCAUCAGGCCAGAAGAAUUGUCUAGUUGUUCUUGGAAUAAGAAGAAUAAACUUCUCGUUGCUCCGAAUGUGGUAGCAUUUACUAGAAGAUUCAAUCAUGUCAGUUUUUGGACAGUUCAGGAAAUACUUAAUUUUUCAACUCCAAAACAACGUUCAGAAAUGAUUGCUCAUUUUAUUCGAGUUGCAAAGAAAUUAUAUGAUUUAAAUAAUAUGCAUUCAUUAUUUGCAAUCAUAUCCGGUCUUCAAAGUGCUCCAAUAUAUCGGCUUAAUAAAACAUGGUCAUGUCUAUCGAAGAAAGAAAAAUGCACGUUUGAUAAACUUGCUGAAGUUUUUAGUGAUAAAAAUAACUGGACAAAUUUAAGAGAACACAUGGAAGUUAUUAAAUUACCAUGCAUUCCUUAUCUUGGUUUAUUUCUAACAGAUCUAGUUUAUAUUGAUAUGGCUCAUCCUUCAUCAAAGAAUAAUGACAACCAUCAAAGAGCUAUAAAAAUGAAUACUGUUUUGACUAGAGUUACAGUUUUACAAGCUAGUGAAUAUCCAGGUAUUAUUCCCCUACCUGAUGUUCAAAGAUAUCUUAAUAGUGUGCGGUAUAUUGAAGAAUUACAAAAGUUUUUAGAAGAUGAUCAUUUCAAAUUAUCAGUAAAACUCGAACCUAAUUCUCCCGUAGCAUCGUCAAGCAGCAGUAAAGAGUCUGUGGGAGAUGUUGUAACGGGUGUGGCAGCUCUUUCAUUAUCUCCAGCACGAGGAUGUGCAGGGUCAUUACGAUUACAUGCAGCCUCUGCUGCCAAUAAAUUUGUCCCUGGCCAUCGCAAGUGUAGAAGUCUAGGAACAAAUGUCUUCGGAAAAUCAACGGGUAUCACUACAGAACCGGGUCAAGUGACCGUGAGACAUCUUUUAGAUGACUCAGUACUCGAAGAGCCUCAUCUCAUAUCACCAACUAUUGAUUUAGAUCAAAAUUCGCCUGGUACGCCUAUUGACUCACUCAAUGAUGAUUGUAGCCUAUUAUCUCGAACAAGUACACACCCCAUUUUACCAUGUGAGAUUGACGGAAUCACAGAGCCUCGUUGUUCAAUGCAAGGUCUUUUAAGACGAAAGGUUGUCUUAAGGGAUGGUAAAAAGCCUGCAGUUACGACGUGGCAGAGAUUUUGGAUUCAAUUGUGGGCUACUUCGAUAGUUUAUUUUUCACCAAAAUGUUUCAAAGGAUCUGAUCGAUCAGACUUUAAAAGAGAACCAUAUAAAAUAGUAUCAAUACUAGGGUGGAUUGUUGAAUCAUCAGAUAGUAUAUUUCACCGUGAUACUUUUUUACUGACUGAUCCGAAUAAAGGAAACAUAUAUAAAUUUCGAGCUAAUUCCGGUGAUAGUGCUGAGCAAUGGAUAAAAGAACUUCGUGAUAUUGUACGUGGAGUUAUCGACAAGAAACCAAUUCCGGCAAACCUCAUGUCAUUUGAAUAAUCAGUAGCUUUUCGAUGUUACCUAAUAUAUACUAAUACGGUAAAUUCAUAUUUUUCAAUGUAUGAUGCUUCAAGUUGGGCACUACAAGCAACAGAAAAUUUGGAUAAGAACGCCAAUUCAUAAGCCAAAAAAAAAAAUUAAAAACAAUAAUAGGCUUGAUCAUUCAAAGCAAUUCUCUAUAUUCAUAAGCUGCUCAGAGCUUUGCAAAGACCUAAUUAUGUAACUUCGAAUCCUUGAGUUUUCUUGUACUUCAAUUUUCUUGAUUUGUAAAAUAUUACCAUUUUUUGAAAUUUCUACACUGCCAUAUUUUGUAGAAGAGAGGAAAAUUUUUAAGUAAUUAAUUUUAAAAAAUAGAAGAUGGUAAAAAAUGAUAGUUGAAAAUUUCUAAGCUCAAGGGUUUUUAAUUUAUUGCUAUGGUACUAGAAUUUAUAACAAUGCAGAUGUCACACUACUGAUUAGUGAUAGGUCACUGAUAGUUAUAAUAGAGCAAUAAUUUUUUAAUCUAAAACUUUAAUAUAACAACUUAUUCACAUUGUGCUCUCUAUUAUUUAUGAUUACUUUCUAAGAUUCUGUUGUUUAUUUAUUAUUAAUCAUAAAUAGAAACAUCAGGAAAGAAAUGUAACAUGGUUGAUAAUUAUAAAAUAAUUUAUUCCAAACUUUGAUUUAAUUAAAAAUUACUUUAAUAAUUUUAUCUGAUAUUGAACUAAUGAAAAUUGAACUAUCAGAACAAAUAGUAAUUCAGUAAUUAAUUGAAUAGAUUAAAUUAAUUAUUAAUCAUUAAGUUGCUUAUUGCGUGUCUAAGACUGUCAAUUAUAGAUUAUGUAAUGUAAAGAUUGUAAAAAAAAAUGAGAACCAACAUUAAAAUCAACACAUUUUUGAAAAACUUUUCAAUAAAAAGUCUACAGGCUUUCAAUAAUUACAGCAAAGAAUAAAUAUCUCUGUCAAUUCUGUACAUUCUAAAUUUUUUAGGUUGCGGAAUGAAUGAAUUAUUUGAUAAAAUUUUAAAUCAAUGAAGUAUAAUUAUUAGUAUGUCACAAUAUUUUUGUGAUAAUAAAAUUUUUAAUGACUUUUUCAAAUACUACUAAAAUACCAAAGGACUCAGUUUAUAAAUAAGACGUGAUGAAAUAAUUUUUCAUAAAUCGGUUUUUUGGCAAAAUUUGAAUGAUAUUAUAUGAAAGCUGAAAAAUGAAUGGAGUAAUAUUAAAUAAUAAGAAUAUUGUAAUGUUGUGCUGUUAGCUUGCCUUUUGAAUCGGCAUAUCAUUAGAUAUAAAUGUGUAAUGCUAAAAGAUAUAAACAAACAAUACUCAUAUAACGAUUAUUUAUAAAAAAUAUCAGUUCCAUUUAUGACAAAGUGAAAUUUUAUCAGUUACUACACUUUUUAACUUUAGCUUCAAUUUUGUUGAUAUUUAUUAAAUACUAUGAUAAAUAGCUAUUAAUUAAUAUAACAUUUUCUAUCUAAACAUAAGUUUACAUCUAUAGAGUACUAUUUCAUUAAAUUAUUUUUAAAGUCUAAUGUUUACUACACGCUUUAGAUAUAUUGAAUAUGUAUAAAUGCUUUACAAAUUGUUUAUCAACGUUUAAAGCAAUAUAUAGCAUAUUAUUAGAAGAUGAACGCCGUGAUAGAAAAUUCACCAAUCUCUCAAGUCAUUUCUUACAAUGUAAACAUAUUCAUUAAAACAUAUCAUUGACAUGAAAAAAAUUUUCACUCCAAAAAAAGCAAAACCAUGAUAAUUAUUAAAAAAAAUCUUAUUAAACGUGAUUCAUUGGACAUAGAAAAAAAUAUUUCUCUAUAAAAAAAUAACCUUUGUAACCUGUCUUUGUACUCUAAAAUGAUACUGAAUGAUAUAAGAAGUUGACUUGAUUACUUUAUAAUUUGUUAUUGACAUUAAAAGGGAUAUCAAUUUCGACUGAAUUAUUUUGAAAAUGUCAAGACUAGAUAAUAGUAACUUUUCAUGUUUUAUGUAUUGUUUGUGUGCUCUAUAUACAUUUUUUUGUAGCAAUGAUGCCAAAAAAUAUGAUUAUGUAAUGUUACUUUGUUUGCAUUAACUAUAUAAAUAUUAUAUAUUUUUUUUACUUUAUUUAAUUAUUUAAUGUAAGUUGAAACCUGAAAGAAGCCGAAUUGAAAUAUUUUUGUUCUGGUUGUGAUAUCAUAUCUGCUGUAAAUGUUGUAAUAAGAAAAAGAAGUAGAUUUUUCGAAAAAAAAAAAACAGUAAUAUAUUUUUGUUGCAAUUUUUUUAACACAGUAGAAUCGUUCGAUACAAUAAAUGUAAGAUGAUUGUGUAUACUCCUUUAGUAUAGUGAAUAAUAGAAGAAGAAUUUACUAAAAAAAAUGUCUUGGAAAUAAUUGAAACAAACCAAUUGAAAAUUUGUAUAUUCGUGAAAAGUUUGGCCAAAUAAAAUGUGGCAGGUAUAAGAAUUCAAUGUUCAAUACAAUAAAUAUCACAAAUCACUUUAUUUUUCUAAACAAUUAUCAUCAGAUUACACAAAGUGAUUAUCGUGUAUGAAAUAACAAUGUCCAGUAUAAACGAAACAAUGUAACGUAAUAGAGAAAUAUAAAAAAUACAUGAUUAAAAUUAA